AUGCUUAAUAACAGACCGCAAGGGAAUUUGCCUAGCAAUACUGUGGUAAAUCCUAAGGAGAACUGUCAAGCAAUUUUGUUGAGGAGUGGUAAGCAAGUGGAGCAGCCAAGUGUACAAAAGUCAGUAGUUCAGAAUGAAGAGUUGGGUGAGAAAUAUGAUACAAAUGAGAAAGGGGUUACUGAAGACCACCAGAGUUCAGAAAAGUGUCCUCCAUUUGUUGAUGACCAGCCAGUUCGAGUUCCAUAUCCUCAAAGGCUUAGAAAAACUACACUAGAUAAACAAUUUUCUAAGUUUUUAGAGAGGAAGAUGGAAGAUUAUGAGACGGUGGCACUCACUGAAGAGUGUAGUGCAAUAUUGCAGAGGAAGUUGCCCCAAAAGUUGAGAGAUCCGGGGAACUUUACUAUACCUUGUACAAUGGGGAAGUUUGAGUGUAAGCAUGCUUUGUGUGAUUUGGGGGCGAGUAUAAAUCUGAUGCCUUUGUUUGUAUUCAGAAGACUUGGUUUGGGGGAGGCUAGUCCUACUACAGUCACAUUACAGCUAGAAGAUCGUUCAAUUAAACAUCCUAGGGGAAUCAUAGAGGAUGUUCUUGUUAAAGUGGACAAAUUCAUCUUUCCAGCAGACUUCAUAGUAUUGGAUAUGGAAGAAGAUGAAAAUAUCCCAAUUAUUCUGGGAAGACCAUUUUUAGCUACUGGGCAGGCUCUAAUUGAUGUGCAGAAAGAGAAAGCAGUGGCAGAAAUUAACCUCACAGAGGAUUCACUUCAGAAAUGUUUGACGACUGAUGAUAUAGAUUAUGAGUUAGACAGAGAGAAUGAGACUUUACUAGUCACUGUGUCUUCUUCUCUUUCUACUGAGGAAAUGGAAAAAUUGUUAAGGUUUUUUAGAACCCAUAAGUUGGCAAUUGGAUGGACGUUGGCAGAUAUUCAGGGAAUAAGUCCAUCCACAGUUAUGCACAAGAUCUUGAUGGAAGAUGAUAGUAAGCCCUCCAUUGAAGCACAACGUCGAUUGAAUCCAGCAAUGAAAGAGGUGGUAAGGAAGGAGAUCUUGAAGUGGUUAUAUGCUGGGGUGAUCUAUCCCAUUUUAGAUAGUAGUUGGGUCAGUCCAGUUCAGAUGUUAGAUAGGUUGGCUGGACACCAAUAUUACUAUUUUCUGGAUGGCUAUUCAGGGUACCAUCAAAUAGCCAUUGCUCUUGAGGAUCAAGAGAAGACGACUUUCACCUGUCCAUAUGGUACAUUUGCAUUUCGUCGUAUGCCUUUUGGUCUGUACAAUGCUCCAGCCACUUUUCAAAGGUGUAUGAUGGCUAUUUUUUCUGAUAGAGUGGAACGAAGCAUUGAGAAUUUUAUGGAUGAUUUUUCUGUAAUGGGGUCUUCUUUUGACGAUUGUUUAUUGAACUUGGAGGCUGUGCUGAGAAGAUGUGAAGAGGCGAAUUUGGUCUUGAAUUGGGAAAAAUGUCAUUUCAUGGUAAAUGAAGGCAUAGUACUUGGACACAAGGUGUCUAAGAAUGGUAUUGAGGUUGACAGAGCUAAAAUUGCUACUAUUGAGAACUUACCGCCUCCAGUUUCAGUGAAAGGGGUGAGAAGUUUCCUUGGUCAUGCGGGGUUCUACAGAAGAUUUAUAAAGGACAUCUCCAAGAUUUCUAAGCCACUCUCGGCAUUGUUGAUGAAUGGGGUGCCAUUUGAGUUCGAUGAGAAGUGUCUUGAAGCUUUCAGGACACUAAAGCAGAAAUUGGUGUCAACACUUAUAGUAAUUUCACCAAAUUGGGAGCUACCAUUUGAGUUAAUGUGUGAUGCAAGUGAUUUUGUAGUAGGUGCAGUUCUGGGGCAGCAUGUUAACAAAGUAUUUCAGACUAUUUAUUAUGCCAGCAGAACACUCAAUGGUGCUUAG